AUGGAAUCACCAUCAAUGUUAACACCAACAGUAAAUGUACCUCGUCCAACAUUUUCAUUACCAUCUGUUCAUUCUUAUUAUAUACUUUUAAAAGCACAUUAUUUUCUUUUUUUUUCGGCAUUUGGUAUUAUAUAUCCAAUAUUAAAUAUAACAUUACGUAGUCGUGGUUUAUCAAAUAUUGAAUUAUCAUAUAUUAAUAUAAUUAUACCAUUUUUAGUCUUUUUUACAAAUCCAUUAUUAGGUUUUAUUGCUGAUCAUUCACGUCGUUAUUUAUUUACAUUUAAUUUUGUUCUUGCUAUUGUUACUAUUGUAUAUGCUGGUAUAUUUAUUUUACCAACAAUUAAAUUAUAUAAUAUACAAGCUAAUAUAAAUAAUGAUAAACAAUAUGGUUAUAUAUUAAAUUUUUGUGCUAGUCAAGAUGUAGCAAUAAAAUGUGCAUCAAGAUCUCAAUGUGGAUGUUCAUAUCAAGCAAAUUGUACUUUAAUUAAUUCAUUAAAUUAUGAACAUUAUAAUCAAAUGAAAACAUUUUUUUUUACAUUUUCUAUGAAUUCAAAAAGUUUGAAUAAAGAAAUUAACAAUGAAAUUCAUACAGACACAUGUGGAAUUAAAUAUCGAAUACCUGUUGAUCAUAAUAUUAAACAAUAUAUACAAAAUAGUAGUUUUGAUCUAUUUCCUUCUAUGGAUAUAUCAUCUGAAUUAGCUAUUUGUGAAAUAACUUGUUCAAUUGCACAUUUUUGUUAUGGAUCACGUUAUCCUAAUCAAAUAGGUUCUAUACUUCUAUAUUCACUUUUAUUUAUUAUUGGAACAAAUCUGCUAUCGAAUGCUGUUCCAAUUGGUGCAUCUAUUGGUUUUGCUAAUUUAAAUCGUCCAGAACUAUUUGGACAACAACGUGUUUAUGGUACAAUUGGUUUCGGUGUAUCAGCCUUUGUUGCAAGUCGUGUUUAUGAAUAUUUUCAAACAAAUUUUGUUUAUAUAAUUAUGUUUUCUAUUACAACAAUUAUAUGUAUGAUUGUAACAAGUUUUAUUCAUAUACAACCAAACAAACAUAUUUCAAAUACAAUAUCUAAUGAAAAUAUUAUUGAAGAAAAACAAACAAUAAAAAAGAAAAAAUUUCAUAGAGCAUUAUUUGAACUUUUAAUUUUAUUUAAAAAAAUUGAUAUUAUUAUUUUUCUUUGUCUUGUAUUCAUAUGGGGAAUGUCUUAUGCAGCUUUAGAUCCCUAUUUAUAUUUAUAUAUUGAUGAAUUAGCACCAUGUCAAUCACAUUCAAUUGUUGGUUGGAUGUCAUUAGUAGCAGCAUUAUCAGAAGUUUCUGCAUUUUUUCUUGCUGGAAGAAUACUUAAAUUAUUAGGUACAAAUUUAUCAUCAAUAAUUAUUUUUCUAGCUUUUUCUAUUCGUUUUGGUGGAUUUUAUUUUAUACAAAAACCAUAUUUUUUUAUAUUAAUGGAAACAAUGCAUUUUUUUAAUUUUGGUAUUCUAUAUGUUUUAAUUACACAAAAAGCUGAUUCAAUUGCACCACCUGGUCUUUCUGGUACAUUACAAGGUGUUGCACUUGGAAUUUUAUUUGGUUUAGGUCGUGGUAUUGGUCUAUUAUUUUCAUCAUUUAUCUAUGCAUUCACUCAACAGCCUUUUCUUUUUCUAAUAUUUACUUUAUUUAAUUUAAUUGCUGCUAUCAUCUAUGCUUUUUAUAUCAUACUAAAUAGACAAUGUUCGAAAAAACCAAUUGUAGAAAAUAACAAUAUAUCGAAUAUUGUGAUUGAAUCUGAUAUACAAUUAAAUGAAGAAUCUCUAUUAACAUCAUCAACUAAGAAUUAA